AUGCUACUUUUACUAUUAUUAAUUAUCACAAUUUCCAUUCUUUUCUUAUUUUGGGCAGCAAUAAGAAAUAAUAAUUAUUGGAAGAAGAAAGGAAUUCCCGGCCCAAAACCUUUACCUUUAAAAGGAAAUAUUGACCAAAUUUUUGGUAAAAAUAUAGCAGCAAUACAGAAACAAAAAUGGAGUAAAGAAUAUGGAAGUGUUUAUGGAAUUAAAAAUGGAUGGUUUAAUGAAUUAGUUAUUAGUGAUCCAGUAAUGGUUAAACAAGUGUUUGUUGAUAAAUUCGAGAAAUUUCAUGGAAGAGCGGCAAGUUUAAAAAAUAAACACAUUAAAUUAUUAAUAAUAUCCAGAGAUUAA